UUGGCUUUCAAUAUUGAAAACGGAAGUAGAUAUUUUGAAACAAUGAAAAAAAGGCAAUCGAAAAACAGGGUGACAUCCAGGGAGGUCAUUGCUAAAGCUACCUCAUAUCAUAUUCACGUUAAAACGGGAGAUGUUGCCGGCGCCGGUACCGAUGCCAAUGUCUAUCUGAUAAUCUAUGGAGCGAAGGGCGACACAGGUCAGCUUAUGUUGAGACAGUCAGCAAGCUUUAAGAACAAGUUUGAGCGUGGAAAAACUGAUGUGUUUAAAAUAAGAGCCACAGAUAUCGGACAGAUAAAACGUAUAAAGGUUGGACAUGAUGGUACCAGUCUAAAUGAUGGCUGGUUCCUGGAUAUGGUGAAGAUACUGGUUCCCUCUCGUGGGGAACAGUAUGUUUUUGCUUGUCACAGAUGGCUUGCCAAGGACGAAGCAGACGGAUUGCUGAAAGUUGAAAUGGAUGCUUCAUAUAAAGAGGAUAUGGAAAAAACUAUUCCAUAUGAAGUUACCCUAUGGACAGGUAAUAAAUCUGGAGCAGGAACCGAUGCGAAUGUUUUCCUACAGAUAUAUGGUACCGAGGGCAAAACUGAAUCAUAUAAUCUGCGAAACAAAACUGAUAACUUUGAAAAAGGAAUGUGUGAUAAAUUUAAGAUUGAGGCUGCUGAUGUUGGUAGGAUUCAGAAGGUGCGAAUUGGUCAUGGUGGUACGGGAACAUUUUCAGGCUGGUACAUGGAUAAAAUGCUCAUUCAAAGAAAGCCACGUAAGGGCACAAAGAAGAAACGCAGACGUUCAAUCUCAUCUGCCCGUGACAGGGACCGAGAUAGGCGUUCACCUCUUAUGUCACGCAUGGGUGACUUCUCAGAUUCAGACGAUUCUGACAUCAGCAGUGUAUCUCAGUCGAGACGUCGUAGGACGAAAUCCCCAAAACUUCCGAAAAAGAAUCUGAAGACGGUUGAGGAGGAGUCUGAUGAAUAUGACGGUACCGAAACAGAAGAUUAUUGGUUCCUUGUUGAUCGAUGGUUUGCUCGCAGCGAAGAUGAUAAACAGAUUGUUAGAGAGCUUAUACCAACUGAUGAAAAAGGGCGUCCAAUCAAGGGUGGUCUUGAAGAGGUCAAUUAUACUGUACGUGUUUUUACUGGAGAUGAAUUUGGAGCUGGAACAGAUGCCAACGUAUUUAUUAACCUUUAUGGCGAUGUAGGAGACACUGGUGAAAGGCAGCUCAAGGACUCUUCAACAAAUACCAAUAAGUUUGAGCGCAAACAGGAGGACGUCUUCAUUGUGAAAGCUAUUGAACUUGGUAAGCUUGGGAAGUUAGAGAUUCGACAUGAUAACGCGGGUGGUGGCGCUGCAUGGUUCCUGGAUAGAGUGGAAGUGGACGACCCGAAAAAUAAAAAGAAAUAUUUCUUCCCGUGUCAGCGUUGGUUGUCGACGAAUGCCGACGAUGGUCAGAUUAGCCGUGAACUUGUCCCAGUUGACGCCAGUCUGAAGAGCAAAAUGUCGAGACAGGACUCCAAGGCAAUACGAAAUGAGAUCGCCUUGGAAACUAAAGAUGAUAAUUUCUAUAAAAGAGUACUGACUAGAAGCCAAACAAGAUUUGUGGAAGACCUCAAUCCAACUUCUAUAUUGGACUUGUUUUUGGAAAGAGAAUUCUUGCCUUAUAAUCAAGUGCGAGAUAUUGGGGAGCUGCCUUCAACUUCAAAGCAGACAAGACAAAUACUAAACGAAGUUACCUAUAAAGGUUUUAAAGGUUAUAGUAUAUUUAAAAAGUUACUGAAGAAAGCAAAACAAGGAAAUUUAGCAAACUAUUUAUAUCGGCAAGAGGCAAAUUUAGAGAAAGAAAUGAUGACAGAGAAGAAAAAUGAAGAUAAAGGGAAGCAAGUUCAAUCACAAAAUUUAAAUGCUGCACCAACAAAGGCUAAUACAGGUAAUUAGAAUAGAAAUAACCCU